AUGGCCGAUCCUUUCGCUUCGCCUUCAGGUACCCACGUGCUUCACCGGUCCCUGAGCACUGACCACAAGCUUCCAGUCGACUUCUACGAGCCGUUAGUGAGCGACUUCAUACAAGACGAAAGAUACAUCAAAUGGUCCGCGGGCUUCAGGCCAUGGCAGCUUCACUGCUACGGUAGACCAGGAUGUGGCAAGGUAAAGGCAUACCAGAAGACAUGGUGGCUCUCAAUUUUCGCAGCCUGCGUUGUCAGAGAUCUGAGACAGCGUUACGAAGAUGAGGAUAUCUUCGUGGCGUACAUUCGCAUCAAGGAACAUGUGUUGGAUCAUCAUGCGGCUUUCGUUGAGGAUUUUCUUCUUUGCUUAUACCACCAAAUCUGCACUCAACCAGCACAUGGUUACGAGAGAGCACGACGAGCCGGUCAGGCAUCGUCGGAGAGGAUCAAUUUACUUCAUGCGGCACUACAUGAGCAGCUGACGAGAAACAAGCACAGCUUUCUCAUUUUCGAUGGUUAUGAUACACUAGACAUAGCUACCACUAUGUUGAUAAACCACGAGCUCAAACACUCCGGUUUGUCUAACCUUUCGUUCCUCAUCACCCGACGCAGCCCACCCUACCGUCGACCUAAGCAUUUCAAUGUUGGUUGCGACAGCUGCGGCCGGACUAGACUGGCACUGUAUUGGGAGUGUCAAAUAUGCGGUCGCUCUGGUCCACAGUACUGUGACGAAUGUCAAGGAGCAAGCGUUGCCUGUACUGAUCAGGAGCACAAACUUGCACUAGCGGAGCCCUAUGAUCGCAUCGAUCUGGACAUCAACAGACCUAAUUCUGACGGAUCUCAAUCUUCAAUGAUUGGCUUCGUUGCGCGCGGGUUAGAGUUUCAUCCUGAGCUUGAUGCGAGAUCUGUUAAGCAGCUCGCGCGAGACAUCUCAGAUAGAGUCGGUGGCAACGUAAAUCUCGCUAAACUUCGAAUCGACGACUUACUGGGCAUUGAAAACCUGGCUGACAAUCAAAUGCUAAGCGACAGACUCCCUCGCAGUGUCGUUGCUUUCUUCGACGCCGAGAUCGAUCGGCUCCUGCAGCGUAACCACGUUGAUCGCGACCUAAGCUUAAUGGCCAUCGCCGCGGUCGCCCGACAUGAAGAUCUACGGGGAUUUGGCCUGAAAGCCGCUGACCUUGCAUGGUCAAUGCGACGGGAACGAACCCUAUCUCCUCAACUUGCCCGCCAUCCUACUAGGAGCCUCGAGGAUAUCAUAGCUGCGGCCAACGGACUGCUUGUUCUGGAGCCCUACGAUGACGACUUAUAUGUCACGUGCUUCAGUCGGAUGUUCAAGGCUUACGUCAAAGAGGAUUACAAUGAGUCUCUUUAUUUGGCAAGUUCGAAGUUAUGCCUGGAAGAGGAGGCUGUGCGUCCCGUGGAGAUGAAAUCAUGGAACAUGGCACCUUCGACUAACUCCCCACCCACGGUAUCAGAUGCUUUCGAAAGCAACAAAGACUACAUGGAAAUGAGAAGCUCCAGCCAUGAUAGUGCAUACUACUCUCGUGAACCAACGAUCGAUACAACACUAAGAAGCCAGCCUGCACAACCUUGUGCGAUUGAAACGAAGGGACUUUUCGAGCGCACCGAGACAUUGCCAACUCAAAAUAGUGUGACCCAAGAACCGAUUGUUACAUCAGACGAGAUCGGUUUCUCCAUAACACUGUGUGCCUUUUGCCAAGAGCAGAUCUUAGAGAGCAACAGGUCCUCCGGUGAUCACCACAGGUCGAAUGAAGCAAUUCGGAAUUCUUUGAAAAGCAAAUGCAUGAUUUGUACCGAUUUGUAUCAGCAGAACUUGCUUCGAAACUCUGGAGAUUCCGCUAUGCCUUCUGGUGCUCCCCAAAACUGUUAUUAUCAGUGGAUGGUUCGAAGCACCGGUCGAUCGCACAACGUUGAGUCUUCUUUCCAAAUCGUUUUCACGCCUUACUCAGAUAAUGAAGAAGCAUCGGGUCUGAUGUUGCCAGCGAAAAAGUACCAUAUCCUUUCCGAGGUCGAUGUCCACAUUGCCGCCGAAGAGGCGCUCGCAUCGUCCACAGACCCGAACAAACCUGGUGGUGGCUUGCAAAUCAGAGAGUGGUUGAAGAUUUGCGCUGAGACGCAUCCAAAUUGUAACAAGCAUGUCAAGUCUACAUUUGUCCCAACCCGCCUUGUCGAUGUGGAGAUUGGAGACAAUGACAUGGUGCGCGUCGUGCGCACAUCGAAGGAAGACAUCAGUGGUCCUUAUCUCACGCUCAGCCAUUCUUGGGGUCCACCAACGUUCCUCCAGCUCAAGAAAGAGAACAAGAGCACGCUGAUGGGCGCGGGCGUGAACGUCACUGAGCUUACCCCAAAUUUCCAGCAAGCCAUUUCCGUGGCACGGUUCAUUGGAAUACGCUAUAUAUGGAUCGAUUCACUAUGCAUCAUGCAAGGUCCGGGUGGAGAUUUCCAAACUGAAGGACAGCUCAUGCACAAAGUCUAUCGCCACUCCUAUUGCAACGUUGCUGUCGCAGAUUCAUCAGAUUCUAAAGGCGGCCUAUUCCGAGAACGUAAUCCAGCAAGUAUCGUCCCUGUAGUUGUCGAAGCUGAUGGGGCUGGAAAACUGGAACGCGGCAUCUGGAGAGUCUUGAGAGACGGCCUAUGGGAGGAAGAACUUCUUGCCACCAAGAUCUAUUCCAGAGGAUGGGUCUUCCAAGAGCGUAUGCUUGCGCCACGAAUCCUCCAUUUCGCGGCCUCCCAGAUCUUCUGGGAUUGUAGUACACUCAGUGCUUGUGAAGCCCUUCCUAUUGGUCUACCUCACGCUUUAGAUGCAAAGGCCUCAACAGACCGACAUUGGCGCGGUCGCAUGCAACUCACGUUAUCCGACGCUUCCCCUGUAUAUCAACAGCCCCUUGUCGGUUCGAACGAUGAUUCCGUAGAAGCCUUCUGGCGCUCCGCAUUACUCAGCUACACCUCUUGCAACCUCACCAACCAGGGUGACAAGUCGGUCGCAAUAUGGAGUAUAGCGAAGCUGGUGCGUGACUCCUUGCGCGAGAAGUAUGGCGGAGGCUUGUGGGAGAACAAGCUGGAAGAACAAUUGGCUUGGCAUGUACGCGACCUUCCCACCCAAGACUCUGGUAGAAUAUCGGAGCUACAGUACCGGCACCCAAGCUGGUCCUGGACGUCAGUUAAGGGACCCAUCAUUGCGCACGGUCGUCUUCCCAAACCUAGACAAUACGUCGUAACAGACCAUGAAGGGAACGCUAUAGCUUUUGAGAGCCACUUCGAGAGUAGCGACGAGGAACCGGUAUUGAAGAGGAAUCCUCUACCACUACUGGGUUACGUUACAGGAGCAAAUAUCUCUAGGGAAUCAGCAUCAAUCUCUCUGAGCCUCGAAGCAUGGGCAGGAAAUCAGCUGGAAUUGGCGAGUAGCUUCGAGGUCUUUCUCGAUGAACCCCUUUCCAACAUGUACAACAACGAGCCGACACCCUACAGCUUCGUGAUACUCGCCGCUUCAUCCGCGCGUAGUAUUCGAUCCCGUCCACAGCCACAGCAUAGAGGCUCCAGCGGCUUCACUCGGUCCAUGACUAUGAAUCUGGAAGAAACGAUGGGCCCCGCUCCAACUACAUACUCAGGCAUCGGGCUUCUCCUCACCUGUGCGAAAACAUACAAAGCAGAUCAAAACGAGUCUUUCAAAGCGCUUCUUCGAGAGGUUGUUGUACGCUCGCCAAAUCAAUCGUGGCCCGACCCAGCGUACGGCCAGGGGAAGUCUUUAGUAGACCGGACGACAGAUGUGCGCAAGCUUGUAGCCACUUUACAAUCCACGCUAUGCUAUGUGAGAGGGAAGGGUGGGCACGAGGAUUCGCUCUUCAGGAGAGUUGGCGCUGUCGAAUUCCGUGACCUACCGGAGGAAAUUUGGGAGGCUAUAACCAAACAUGGGAGAAAACAAAUAUGGCUGGACUAA